AUUUUAGUUUUAGGGUUUGUUGGGCCAUGUUUUGGCCACACAUUCUAUGUGGGUAGCAAAGAUGGUUGGGUUCUUCACCCUCACGAGACCUACAAUCAUUGGGCUGAAAGGAAUCGCUUUCAAGUCAAUGACACACUUGUUUUCAAGUAUAAGAAAGGGUCUGAUUCCGUUUUGGUAGUAGACGAAGAGGCUUACCACAACUGCAACAAAACGAACCCCAAACAAACCCUAGAUGACGGUAACUCCGUAUUCAAAUUUACAAGAUCAGGUCCAUUCUUCUUCAUCAGUGGGCACGACGAUAAAUGCGAGAAUGGUGAGAAGCUGAUCAUCGUAGUCUUGGCAGUCAGAAACCGCAGAAACAUCGUGAACUGCGAUGCGGCUCCUCCCACACCACCACCAACAAAAACGCCGGCGGCGGUGGCGCCAUCAACAAUGGCACAAGGUACUGACAAACCUACGACCAAUGCCCCGGCUCCUUCGACUUCAGCCGUCGCAUCUGUCUUUGGAGGUUCGAUUGAAUUGAUUUUGGGUUUGGGUUUGGUUUUGAGCAUUGGUAUUUAG